ACUUCAGUGGCGCAGGCGGGGCGGACGCGGAGCUGAGCCGAGCCGCUUUCGGGGGACCUGUGUUAUUUUUCGGUUACGCUACCGGAGGAUUCGCCCCCACCCGCAGUUGGUUUAUCGUCAUUAUCAGACAAGAUGAAAGUGGUUUUGUUCGCCCUUCUCUACCUGGGCUCUGUCUCGUUGUUCGGAAUAGAUGCAACCAAGCUGGACAUUGCAUCAAACUUCAAGAGGAGGUGGACUGCAUGGGCGUUGAGCCGAGCCAGGCGGGACCUGCCAGCUCGAGUGGCUGAUGCAAGCGUGCAUUCUUUCAUCCGCACCCAGGACGUGAAAGGCGAGUCCAGAACGCUGCAGCCCAGCCUUGAGACGAGCCGUGUCCGUGUGAAGCGCCACCUCCAGAACCUCUCAGGCGUGCGUGCGACUUGCAGGUUGGGGACGUGCAAUCUGCAGAGCCUAGCCAACACGCUCUUCCACCUUACUGACAAGGACAAGGACAUCUCUGCUCCUCCCAAAAAGCUCAGCCCGUUAGGCUACGGGCGCAGGCGGCGCUCUCUCGCUCCAAGGAUAGGAGCUGGUGGCCAGGUUUGGCUGAGCCCACAGUCCACUUUGAUGCCAAUCCAUGUGCUCCCAGACUUGGGAAGGAUAAAAGAGUUGCUGCAGCUGCCCCACUGAUGGCGAAAAGGGGGACGGCAAAUACCCUCCAAGGGCUCAGUCUACUGGCAGGAACAGGCGGCCAAGCUUUGCAUCAUCCCUCCCUAAUUAUCUUGUGGAAUAAGGACUGGAUGGAACCUACAGAGGCACUCUUUCAUCACGUUAGUUAGGUGGUGGUGGCAGUGGUGCUGGUGACUGGCUCUUCUCUACUUCGUAGUGACUGCCCUCCCUUUCUUCCCCACCUGGCAUGGAAUUGGCAGGGCCUUCUCUCAGGAGGGGCUUCUUAAUACUUGAAUGAUCUGGCCUGGCAAAGUGCAAUGGACUUAACGUGUGCGAGGUGAUUUCUGCCUGCUAUUGAGUAAGGAUGAGUGCGCGAGUGAUUGCCAUUGAAAGAAAUCAAUCCUAUUUAAACAAAUGGUGUUCUGUCCUUGUAUUCUUUUUAAAGACAGAGAUAUUUUUAUAUUAUAUGUAUAGAUAUAGAUAUAUUGCUUAUGGGCAUUAUUUUUUUUAAUUCCCAAUAUUUUGUUUCAAACUUUGUUUUCAUCAGUGGUGGCACCAGUAAAACAGUUUUGGGGGGAGGAACAGUACAUUUUACAAUUGGCCAGAUGUGUUCCUUAAGUUAAAUGGGAACUCUUAAAAUAUUUCACAUUCACACUCUUAUCCUAAGCAUAUUUUCUCUAAAAUAAACCUUGAUUUUUGGUGGAGGUGGCUUUCAAGUAAGGAUGUUUAGGAUUUCAGCCUUUUGUUGUAAUAUUUAGUUUUUGAUUCAGUUAUACUUUUUGUAUGAAAAGUACAUUUUGUAAGCAUCGAGGAGACAGAUGGAAAACAAGCUACUUGUGAGGAGUGCAUGCAAACGUGCCUCCUAUAGUUUUCACUGUAUUUAUAUUAGUCUGUUUGCCCCAUUUGAUAAAGUUAUAUCGCCAAUCUGUCCUAGGACAAUAUGUGAAAAAAAUAAUAAACAUUA